AGCCAUUCUAAUUUCCAAAAGCUCAAGCAUUAUCAACUUUCAGAACUUCCUCAAAGCAUACUUUUCCAACCAGUCACAUCAGACCAAGAGAGCCGAAUUCAAAAUGGAAUUUCCAUCACCUGUGAAAAACUACCAUCGGGAUACCUACCCUGCAAUAGAUCCAACUUCCUCCCGUCUUUCCACUGCCGGUAAGAACAUCGUCAUUACUGGUGGUGGUGCGGGCAUUGGUGUAGGACUUGCCCGCUCCUUCGCACAAUCUGGAGCUUCAAGCAUCUCCAUCCUUGGUCGAACCGAGAAAACUCUCCUCAACACCAAGUCGCAGCUUGAAAAAGAGUACCCAAAAACCAAGAUCUUCAUUUACGUGGCAGAUAUCGUCAACAAGAAUGCUCUCAUCACCGCUUUCGAAUCCAUCAACUCCGCAGUCGGACCAGUCCACGUGCUUGUUGCAAAUGCAGGCUUCUUGCCUAAUCUCAACCCCGUUGCAAAAGCAGACCUGGAGGAUUGGUACAAUGGCUUCGAAGUUAAUGUGAAGGGGAACUUCAACGUUGUGACUGCCUUUGUGCCUGUGGCUGCUUCAGAUGCUGCUAUCAUCAGCAUUAGCACUGGAAUUACGCAUCUGAAGUACCUGCCAGGAUAUUCUGGCUACCACACAUCCAAGUUGGCAGCUGCCAAGUUCUUCGAAUAUGUUCACCAUGAGUUUCCUCAGUUCUUCGUUCUGAAUGUCCAUCCUGGGGUUAUCAUGACUGCCAGUAAGUACCUCCUUCAAGACGUACACGACGCUGAUCCUUCAAUUUGAAUUGAUCUACUAUCGAAGCAUGCUGACAUGUUGAUUAACCAGUGAACGACAAAACGUCUGAUUCUGGUAUUGAGCUUCCAUUCGACUCCAGUAAGUCCUUUGAUCAUCCAGGCCUACAUAGCUUGACGCUAAUAUUCGACUUAGUGGAGUUGCCGACGAACUUCGUUGUUUGGGCCGUCAGCCCAGAAGCAAAAUUCCUCAAUGGCAAGUUUGUGUGGGCUCAUUGGGAUGUUGAUGACCUCAAGGAGAUGUCCAAGGAUAUUGAAGGCUCUGACAAGUUCACCUUCGGGCUACUUGGCUGGCCAUGAACCAGAAUAGCAAGACACCUUGCAAGAUCAUUCCUGCAGGUAUUGAUGAUGCUGGGAUUUCGUUGCGAUAGGUAGGUAAUCGAAUAACGAGUAAUAGAUACUCAGCGCUUUGAAGUGUCAUGUCCAUAAUUUGAAGGAAGUCAUCUGAUGUUGAAGUUAUAACCUGAGCCAUCUCGACCCCUAAGGUCAAUGUGCCGUACAUGAGAGCCCGAACGCAUCUCUUCCUUGUUCGUUAGACAGGAUAUCAGUUCUUCCCACUGUUGACGAAUGGCGUAUAUUUGAUUGCUCCAUCUUCAGCUCCGGUUCUGGCCACAAGCACUAUCAAACUCGUCAUGAAUCAGUUCUCUAUUAUUCAAGUGAAGAGAAUUACAAUUCAAGAAGUCAUCAAUUGGGC